UCUGUAGCCCUACGCGGGACAUCUUCCCCUGCCCAUACAAGUCUGGCACGCAAGGGCCACAAAUCCAACAAUUUCUCUACGAAGCUCUCGCUCGAUCAAAUGUCAUCUGAUGACAAUUCCAGCAUAAAAGAAUCCCCCAAAAAGCCACAGAAACACUUGCGAAUCGUCAUAGCACUAAGGCGCAGGCUUGCCCCUCCUGUUCACAUUAUUCAAGAAAUCGGCGCCAACAAUAGACCUGCGUUUGAAGACACUAGCGACCCGGGUACCUUUGAAAUGACCAAGGCUGCUUCAAAGAAGUUGCAGAGAGUUUUAGCGUCGUAUGGUCAGGACCCAGCCAGGGCCAGCGUUACGGCGGCCGAGGCGACGUCAUAG